GGCCAACACCACUUGUCCCUUGUCGGAAUAGGGAUGAACAACAGCUACCCUCUCCUUGGGGGGUAGGGUAGGGUUUCUUUCCGUUUUCUUCCCACAACUCCCACUGCCCCACCUUCGCCACCUCGCUCUCUUCUCUAGGGCUCAUAAUCCCCCUCCCUCCUCUCACCCACCACCUCCACCUCCACCUCCACCCCUUCCCUCCUUCCUCCCUCCACUUCCAAAAGAUCCAUUUUGUUCCUCCCCCCACUCCCUUCCCAACCCAACCAAAAUAGAGCCUUCUAGAGACCCAUAAAACACCAUGAAACAUUGAAUGCACCCUUAAAGCCUCCUUUUCCUCGUCCAUAUAAAUUAAUACAGAUCUCUACCCCCUUAGAUCUCAUCGGCUUCUCUUCAAGAGCAUACUACCAGCAGCGAAACGUCGGUCAAUGGCGAAGACGAAACCGGGGAAGAAGGAUUUGGAUUCCUACACCAUCAGAGGCACCAACAAGGUCGUCCGAGCGGGGGACUGCGUGCUGAUGCGGCCCUCGGACUCCGAUAAGCCGCCGUAUGUGGCGAGAGUGGAGAAGAUCGAGGCGGACCACCGUGGGAAUGUCCGCGUCCGGGUCCGGUGGUAUUACCGGCCGGAGGAGUCGAUCGGCGGGCGGCGCCAGUUCCAUGGGGCCAAGGAGCUCUUCCUCUCCGAUCACUAUGACGUGCAGAGCGCCCACACCAUCGAGGGCAAGUGUGUCGUCCACUCCUUUAAGAAUUAUACCAAGCUCGAGAACGUCGGUACCGAGGAUUACUUCUGCCGCUUCGAGUACAACGCUGCCACUGGGGGGUUCACUCCCGACCGGGUCGCCGUGUACUGCAAGUGUGAGAUGCCGUAUAACCCGGAUGACCUCAUGGUCCAGUGUGAGGGUUGCAAGGACUGUUAUGGCAGUUAUUUUUCUUUGUUGAAGCUGAUGAAACAACAGCGGGGAUGAUAUGCAUCAAAUCUUGGAUUUGGUGUUCUAUUUUUGGAGGUUGAGGGGGAUUUUUAUUUUAUUUUUGUUUGUCUUUUAACUUCCGUGGUGAUUUUAAUUUGUGUGACCAAGAGUUUGGGCAAUGUUAACUGGAUUAUAUUGACAGUUCGUGGUUUCUAAUAUAAGCAUCUAUAUUGAGAUGUCCAUUUCUGUCAAACGUAUCGUUGAUUUACUAAGAAUAUGUUUUAAUUCAGGGGCAAUUUUUAAUUUCCCUGUGCUUAAUAUAACAUGUCUUUAUUGCAGCGUUCAGUGUUUAAGGAUAGAAAGCAUUGGUGGUGUUGCUAAAAGGAUUGGAGUUAAUUAUGAGAGUAGUUCCACUAGAUUUUAAGCUAACUUCUUCUCUUUCAGUGCCUCAUUACUGUUAGUUCAAUUUAGGAAAAGGAUCUUCAUGGCAUGGCGAUGAGCUGCCGACAGAACGUCUACUCCUGUGUAGCUGCAAGUAGUAGGAAUGAAGCAAUACCUGAGUUUGCUCUUAGCAUGUAUAUAUUACCAUGCGUUGCCCUUUUUUUUGUGUGUGUUUCUAACACUUUAACUUUCUUUCUUCCGUUACCCUUGUCUAAUCAUAGAUAUUAGCAUUUCAUUUUAGGCUUCAUUUGAAUAAGCAAUUUUGGGAGAAGGAAGAUCUGAGUUGUGCUGUAUGAAACAAGAUCCGUUGUUUUUGGUGACAGAAAACUUUGAUGACUGAUACUGCAUUGUGGGUUGUGGAGUACUGAAUUAACAAGGUUUAUUAGAAUAUGGUAUUUAAGUCUGAUUCUGUCAUAAGGAAACAAUAUUUUGGGUCUGUUUGGACAUGUUGUAGCUUUAGGCCAAAAAGAAAUUUUUAGUAAAAACUGCAUUUUGAUGUCAAAAGUUGCUUUGGGACGAAGAAGUUUUUGGUUUGGCUGUCAAUAUCCUAAAACUAUUCUGAAGUUGUGGAAAUAAUUUGCUGUAUGUUUGGUUAAUAGACCCAAAAGCUACUUUUGAACGACAAAAUGAUUAAAAAGGACAAAUAUAUAAAGUGAUUUUAAAAUUUUUUGGAUACAAAAUUUGUUAUUUUAUUUUUUUCUUAUUUUUUUUGUAUGUUUUUUAAGUUAUCCACCGACUUUCUUAUUUCUUUAGAAAUUAUCUUCGUGUCAUUAAGCGGAGGUGGAAAUGAGAGGAGAGUAAUUAAAAAAGGGGUUCACAAGGAGUCGGCAAAAAGGAUGUAGAUGAGAGGAGAUUAAUACGAAGAAAGAAAAAGUGGUGAGUAGUGAUAGACAAGAGAGUUGGAUAACAAAAGGGAGAGAUGAGAGGUGAUUAAUAAUCUUGAAAGUCGGAAACAGGGAUGUAGAUGAGAGGAGAUUAAUUGAAGAUGUGGAUGGAGAUGAGAUGUGAUUAAUCUGAAGAAAGAAAAAGUCCUGAUAGAAAAGAAAAUCGGACAAAAGGGGAGAUGGAGAUGAGAGGAGAUUAAUAAUCCUGCAAGGAAUGUAGAUGAAGAUGAGAGGAGAUUAAUCAGGCAUGGAGAUGAGUUGAAAUUAAUCUGAAGAAAGAAAAAGUGCUGACAGACAAGGAAGUGAGAAAAAUAGAUGUAUGAGGGGUAUUGAGAGGGUAACAUGUAAUUUUUCAUAAAAAAAUAAUUUUCUGCAAAUACAAUAUUUAGCUUGCGGUACUAUGUCUACAAAAAGUAGGAGGUCAGCUUUAUGUAAACCAUGUUUUGAGAAAUCUUAAACGCAAUUCAGAAUUACUUUUAAGUUGUUGUCAAACAUUCAAAGUUCUGCUUUUAAAUCCAAAAUCACUUUUGACGAUUACAAAUGCACCCCCAAACAUGCACUUUGUGUAGUAAAGGAUUGUGGGCUUGGCUACUGUUUUUAUAUGAGUAGUUUUGUACCUUUUGGCUUUUAGUUUGGCAGGCUAUGCUUCAUUUGUUUUGUUUUCCCUGUAGUUAUGAGUGUUUGGAUAAAUAGUUAACCUUUGUAGUUAGACAUCUCAAGCAAGAACACACUUGAAGGGAAAAAGUUUAGCCUCUAACCAUGUAGAAAUGAAAUCUCUUGAGGGCUUGAGGCCAUGACAUGAUUUCAUAGUGAAGCUUCCGGCAGUAAGGUUUCUCAGGCUAACCUAAGGUUCAAGCUGUACAUGGUUUACGUACGCCUAAAUGUUGUCAGAUGAAUACCCUUAAUUAAAGCUUCAUCCCCGCAAUGAUGCGUGUUUGGGAGAUGCUGGUUGAACCUGAUGUAUGUAAUUGACAUGCAAUGCAUUUCAAGUGUAUAUUAUGGUUCUCUCGAUUUGCUUAGCAAAACUUUAUACAAAAUCAAAAAGUACCACUUUUGUAUGUUGCAAUUAGGGCCAAAGUUAAGUAUGAGAUUGUAUAUUUGGGCCCUUGUACCUAUAUUAAUUUUUAGCAUUGGAGUCACAAUAAAGACAGGAUGAUUGGGAGAAAGGAGGAAAGGAUCAUAUGACAAUUGGAUUGGUGAGUGGGAGUCCAAUAUGGCAUAUAAACAGGCCAAAAAAUUGUCGUAAGUUUUCUGCCUUAAAGAAAAUGUGCAUAGUUGCUACUGCUGGAUUUGAUUUUUUUUCCUUAGGAUUGCAUUAACUAAGCAGGUAAUUUAAUGCUUAUUUUGAAUUGGUGCAUUUGACUAAAGACAAGUGAAAUGCGCAAAAGGUUAAAAGUGAAUACCAAUAUACUUGAAAGCAACAUAGAUCUUGAGUUAAUUGGGAGGAGAGAGUUACACUGGCCCAUACUUUUGCACCCUUAAUCUGUGAGUAAAGUAGAGUUCGGUGCUUGAGAACUAGAAAUGCAUGCAUUUAAAUCUUUUAAUAUUGACUACUUAGUAUAGUUGAUAAAUGAUUUGAUUUGGUAAUUAUUAGAUGUUUGACAAUCUUGUAGGCCAAGCUUUUCUUGACUUACCAGUGUUGGAAUAAUACAAUUGGACAUGUUGUGGAUGACAUAAGUUGACUGAUUUAAUUUUGCAUCAUGUAGAAUCAGAUGAUUGGUGACAAAUUUAUGCUUGAACUUGCCUAUCCGAGCUGAUUCAUGUGUUGGUCAAGUUGGAUUGGAAACCUUGCAUUUCAUUCAGUUCUGCUUAGGACCAAAUUGUCAUAAGCUAGCUUGAAUGAUGCAAUUCAAAUGGAUCUUCCAACUGCAAACAUAUGGCAGUUGCAGUGAGAGUAGAUAGCAAAUUUAUUAGCCACUUGAGGGAACAUCAUGAUGCAGACAGCAACUUCAUGGGACAUCCUUGUUGGCUCAUCCACGCGGUCAGUGGACAUGCAUGCAUGUCGACAUACAUGUGGUAUGCAUAUAUGUCUAUACAUGAUGCCUUAGAUCUUGCAUGCAUGUCAAUGAACUGGAGAAAGGUACUUUUUUUAUCGUGGUCAAACAUACUUACCACUUCCAUGCUUCAUGACAGCAUGAUCUCAAGACAAAUUCAAUUAUAUGAAGAAGGAAAAGGAGUGGCCUCAUCUCCCCUUACCUUUCUCCCUCACCACCCUUCUUCCUUCUUGUCAUAAUGACAAAUUGUUUUCUCUGCUCAGCGUCUUCUAUCAUUCAUGUAAUUAGCAUUAUAAAGAACCAAAAACUUAUUCUGUUGUUAUCGCAAUAUAUUUGCCCUUGUUGGGAUUCAUGAAUGUAGUUGAUGAUGUUUUUGUGGUAAAGCUCAAAUUGAUAUGUAUUUCGUGAAAUGAAUAGAAGAGUUAUUUUUUAGUUGGUUUUUGCCGGGUACAUCCAGUGGACCGGCACUUUUGUGUCUCCCAUAUAUAGUUGCUUUGAUUGGGUAACCCAUCCAUGUGUUUCACAUGAUUAACAUUGAGGUGGGACUAGUCAUUUUCUCUAUAAAUUGUACCUUCACGUGCAUUAUAUAUGCCUUAGAUAUGUGUACAAAGUACUGAUUAAGAAAGACUACUGAACAAAGAGCCAUGUAAUUCAAUAGUUGGAAAUUUCUUGGACAUUAAUGGACAAGAAAAAGAACUGCAAAUCACUAACCUCAUCUACAGACUGCAUACGAAGAGCAUGGUGAGAAAUCAGAUUCUCAAAGGGUAAGGGCUAUGGUUAGUGCUUCUAUGGACAUAUGCAGCUUUGUGCUAAUGCAACUGAAUCACCUAUAAAGAGAAGAGUGAAUGACAUUAAAAUGACAAGUUCAUAUAUUUUUCCCCUAUGAUAUUCAUAUGCUGUUGAAACUUUGAGCAACUUGCAGUGCCAACUAAUGAAGUUACUAAAACCCAUGUUAUAUCCUUUUAACUUGUUACUCCGUUCAUGCAUUAAUCUUAAAAGUAAGGUUCAUUGUCUUGAUAAUGGACCCCAUACCAGUGCCAUCCUAUUACAGGAUUGGUACAUGGUAUGGUACAAGAUGGUGAGGCAUACUAAGUCUCGGUAGGUACGAGAUUGUGUACUAGUUUGGUACUGGUAUGGUACACCUUGUAUGCUACUGAUCCUACGGCAAACCUUGCAUAAAAGUUGAAUAUCCAAUGAAUUGCAUGGUUGUAGAAUGCUAUCUUUGGCUGUGUAUUGCAAAAUUUGUCAUGACCUGCCUUUUAGUGCAUCCCAAGCAUCUUAAGUAAGAGAGACGUCUAACUUUAUUCCCUAAUAUGGCUUUUGACUGUGACUUUCUGCAUCAAAUUUUCAGUCAUCUCUUUAUAGUUAUUUGGUUUGGAUGGUUGUUCAAAUAUUACAUUCAAGCAUUUAUGAGCCUAGAUACUUUUACAUUUGAUGAAACUUAUAUGUCUAAGAAAUUAUUAUUUUUGUCGUCAACAACUUUGAAGAUUGAGUUUGCCUUUUAGGCAUGGAUUCUGGACUUGCACUUCAAUUAUGUAUGACCUGAAAAUAAAUUAAAAGGGAGCGCACAUAUAUGUUCAUAUGUUAACUCUUAUUAGAGGUGCAAGACAGCUGCAGUCAAAGUUCAACUUUAACUUGCAGUCAGUUCUCAUCUAGAAAAAAGUAGGGUUUGGUUUGAUUCAGAUUGGGUCUUUGUUGAGUCUGUAUUCGUGAGUUUCUUGUUGAGUCGAAUCUGAUUAUGCUUGACCUAAACUUUAUGCAAUCUAGAAUAGAAAGAUAAGAAUCAAGUCAAACUUUAGGGUUUUGGUGGGUUUUAUUUCUAGGUCCUGCACCUGGUGCUUGUGCAUUUCUCAUGCAAAUGAGAUCCAAAUAUAAAAGGAAUAUUUUUUUUGGAGGUCAUGAAGAUUACUUGCUUUAUGUUUGGGUAGGACGGAAUUUAUAUUUAAUCUAAAAGUGGAAACAAUCAAUUUAGAAACAAUUAAAAGGGAGUGUAAGGCACUAAAUUAGUGAAAAAUUAAUAUGUUGUCUUGAUCUUGAAGUUAUUAGCUCUAAUAGUUUUAAACAUGAAUUGCUUAUCUUCUUUUACUUGAUAUUUGAUAAGAGGAUACCCCUUUGUUCUUAUGUGCAAUGUUCUAAGUACAUAUUUUAAGAUGUGUUUUACCUUUUAAUAUACCGAUUCAGUUGACACAACUACUGCACAUUUUAAUUUAUAUAGUUCAAAUCUUAGAAAUUAGUAUCACUCUUGACAUUGGUAUAACAAUGAUCCAACCUAUGAUAUAGUGCAUUAUAACCUAUUUAUCUUGUUCCAUGGUAAACGACAUCAUUGAUGUCAUAUUUAGAAUCCAACUUAAAGUCUCAUAUAAUUUUUUUAUGUAUCAUUUUCUUUACUGUGCCUUGGCGCAAUGGUAACAUCGUUCCAUUAUGACCUGGAAGUCACAUGUUUGAAAUAUAGAAAUAGCCUCUCUACACGGGUAAGGUUGUGUACAUCUGCCUUUCAUGGAUCUUACAGUGGUGGGAGCCUCAUGCACUAUGCUGCCCUUUAACCAUUUUCUUCACCAUAUUUUUGAAUUAGUUUCUGGAUCGAAUGUCAUUUAAUGUGUAUAUACUGUGGUCACCAAAACAAAAGUAGAAAGCUUAUAUGGAAGAAUACGGAGAAAAUUAUUAUAUUGUUUAUAAGACUUCUGUUUUUUCCAUGCAUGUUGAACCCUAUGAUUACUUAGUGGAUAAAGGUUUUUGGAGAGAAGAUUUGUCCCUUUUUUUAUCAACUCUGGACCUGAUUGAUCGCCCAAAUUUCCUUCUCUUUCUUAAUUCUGAAAUAAUCAUUCUCUUCAUCAUGUGAAGAGUCUUGAUUGGGAAGUGGUCAAAAGAGUUGGAUAUGGUGGGAAUGUAGUUUCAAAAGCUAGUCACAAUGAAUUUAAUGAAAAAUAUCUUUUGCACUGAUGAUUGAUUGAAUAUUAGACUACUGGAAAUUUGAUUUUGAACAACUAAUCAUUGCAUUUAAAAAAAAAAAAA